GCGAAGGUGUGGUCACGUGAGAGGUGUGGCUGGUUUGAAAGGAGGCCAAGAUGUCCUCCCAAUCCUAUCACGUCCCAGUAAUUCUCCCAGACAUGAGGAAAGAGGAGUCCAUCAGGCAGGUGGUGGACGCCCUGGAGUACCUAGAUGCUGUUGCUAAUGAUAUAUUCAGUCGGAUCAGCUUUCGUGUAGGAGAGAACAGAGACCAACUGAUAGCCAUUAACGAGAGGAUCAACGUGGCACAGGCAAAGAUAGACCGGAUAAGGAGCAGCAGUACCAAAGCAACUCAAGUUUUUUGUUCACCAAAGUUUCCCGGUGCCACAAAACUCACGGACUAUCACACCGUGUUCCAAGACAUUGACCCGCGUCUUCAACAUGUCCGAAAGAACCGUAACCCAAUUACCCUAAGACUCCAAGAAGUCACUAAGGACACUAUAGUUGAUAAGGCCAAACGCCACCGUGGGCCAUCACUCCAUAAAAGCACAAAGAAAAAAGCAAGAGAAGGUAUAUCAAUCGAAGACUCUGAUGUCCUUGGGGAAGGUCUUGGCUCUCUCCCUCGUCACCUUCCCUCCGUCUCCUCUCUCCUUCUCUUUAACUCAUCGGAGAACCCUUAUCGCAAAUACGUCCUCCUGGAUCCACUGGAAGGAGUCAAAGUGAAGACUAGAAAGAAAGAGGAAGACACGGAUGAGAUACACGAGGCUCCCUCUAGUAUACUCCAUGGGGAGCAGCUGGAGAGAGCACCACAAGACAGCACCAUAUACCAGCCUGUCAUGCCUGAUCUCCCUGAGCUUGAAGUGCCCAUGUCACUCCCUUUCCUCUCUCAUAUAGCUGAUGAUAUUACGUAUGAUGAUGAUCGAGGUCCUUCUAUAGCUCCUUCUAUGGCCAAUGUUCCUGAUCUGCCUGAUCUUGCUGGACCCUCCAUCACUGAUACACCUGUUAGCACUGAUCCUUCCGGUGCUCCUCCUCCUCCCCCUCCUCCUCCUAGCGGAGACACUGGUGGAGGUGCUCCUCCUCCUCCUCCCCCUCCCCCUCCUCCCGAGCCUAUUGCUACCAUGCCAACACUUCCUUCAAUUAAUUCAGAUGAUGAUGAUGAUGAUGAAGGUACUCCUCCUCCUGGUGACGCUGGCGGUACAGGUGAUGGUAGGGCUGAUCUAAUGGCCGCCAUACGUAAAGCAGGAGGAGCAGGUAAAGCUGGCCUUAAAAGCUCCAAGGAUAGGAAGACUGCUCGUAAAGCAAAAAAAGAAGAGGAGAUUGCACAAUCGUCACCAGGCGACCUCUUGGGUGACCUUUCGGCAGCUCUCGGUAGACGAAGGAAAGCAAUGAGUGGGCGGGACAAGAGAGACGACCCUCCGCCCAGCACUGGGGGAGGGAGCAUGAUGGAUAAGGUAGCAGCCAUGAUACCGCCACCACCUCAACCAGGAGGAGGCGAUGAUAGUGAUGGUGACCAGGAGGGCGAAGAUUGGUAACUGUUGUCAACUAGUAGGAUUCAUUAUUGUUGUUGUAUUAAUUAUUGUGUGUACUCUUGUUAUUAUUAUUGCUAUUUUAUUAUUAUGCUGUUGAUUUCGUGUUUUAUUAUUAUUAUUAUUAUUAUUAUUAUUAAUGAUAGUAUUAUUAUCUGUAUAAAAACUUUAUUAUUAAAUUUUGUGACAG